AUGUCUUCAAGAUUUUCUCGAGACUUUGGUGCUUGUUUGAUGAACAAUAGCGACUUCGAUGAUUGCAGCCUUAGAGAAAGAAAGGAAUUAGUUCGAGAGAUUGCUGCAGAAGUGCUCUCGAAAGCGCUUUCAUCUCAAUUAUUGACAUUGAAAAAAGUCAUUUUUGCAAGAUAUGAAGUUAUAGCAAAGAACAAGAAUUGUGGAAUUAAACGCCAUUUUGUAAAUCCUUUGUUGACACUUUGUGAAGCACAUUGUGAUCACAGCAUAAUGCAAGCGACUCCCUUUUAUGUUGCGUUCGUAUUAUUAGCAGAAUUUCACUGCCGCUUAUUAUCACCAACAGCCAUGUUGAAUGAAUGCACUUUUCAAAACAUAAAGAAGGAGAUAUCGAAAAAAGACUCUGAAUAUGGUAUAUGA